AUGGAUCUAUCACUUCGUCGUAGUCUCCUCCGGGAUCUGAAGUUUCCUUCGCCGCCGCCACCACCACCACCAGUGCCUGUUUUCCAUCACGCGGGCUCGACGGGGACGAACUUUCCGAUCAUAAUCGUCGCCGUGAUUGGAAUCUUUGCCACAGCUCUCUUACUUGUAAGCUACUACGUUUUCGUUAUCAAAUGCUGUCUGAAUUGGCAUCGAAUCGACAUUCUCAGCAGAUUCUCCUUAUCUCGACGGCGGCAACGCAACGACCAUGGUCCUGUAAUGCUUUACUCUCCGAGGAUAAACCGUGGUCUCGAUGAAUCCGUCAUUAGAGCAAUCCCUGUUUUAAAAUUCAAGAAGAGGAGAGAUGAGGACGUUGAAAACGACCGCGUUUUUACAGAAGGAGAAGAGAAUAAUACUUCUCAAGAAUGCUCUGUUUGUUUGAAUGAGUUUCAAGAAGAGGAGAAGCUGAGGAUUAUCCCAAAUUGUAGUCAUUUGUUUCAUAUCGACUGCAUCGAUAUUUGGCUUCAGAAUAAUGCUAAUUGCCCUUUGUGUAGAACUAGGGUUUCUUGCGACACAAGUUUUCCUCCUGAUCCGGUUUUUGUUCCAAGUAUUCCCUCAGAUAAUGCUGUUUUGGGGUCAGACACUGUCGUGGUUAGAGGGGAGAAUGAGUAUGUAGUCAUUGAGCUAGGUCUAGGGAAUAGUGUUAGCACCAAUAGUGACCGAGAUAGUCCAAGAAACGGAAGGCUACUUGUGGCACAAGAAAGAUGUAAUUCAGGUCACCUAGUGACCGAAAACCCAUCAAAUUUAAUCACUCAACCUACGAGGAAGCUUGAUCGUGGAGGGUUUCAGAGAAAAGGAAAAAAGCUUCACAAAGUCACCAGUAUGGGAGAUGAAUGUAUCGACAUUAGAAGAGACAAAGAUGAGCAGUUUGGUAGUGUUCAACCCAUCAGAAGAUCGAUCUCCAUGGAUUCGUCUGCAGAUAGACAGCUGUAUUUGGCAGUUCAAGAGGCGAUUUUUCGGAAAAACCAGGAAAAUCCGGUGGUCGGAGAAGGAGGAGAAUGUAGCAGUAGUAGCGGUAAUGUUAGUUGUAACAGAGUGAAGAGAUCUUUCUUCUCUUUUGGAAGCAGUAGACGUUCUAGAAGUUCUUCCAUAUUGCCUCUUUCUUUUGAACCCUAGUGGGCUACUUUGCUUUUUUUUUUGUUUUCAUUUUCUUGUUUCUUUCUACACAUUUGUUUUAUUUUAUUGUUUGGUCGGUGAGGUAGGAGAGAAAUAUAGGCGUGGUUUUGGGUUUUAGAAGUCAAAGAGUAAAUGAGUUGUAUUGUGAAAUUGUUGGACUUUUUAAGUUUGAAAGACUCAAAUCUCAUUUUGCCAAUGAACGAAUAUGAACAUACUUUU